CCAAAUCUCUGAUCAGUUCUCUAAGAUUCUCAUCCUAAACGGUUCAUUUCAUAGAUCAGAGAAAUCAUGUUUGUAGCCAAAAAUCUUUCUCCGGAACGAGAAUCCAAAAGGCAGAAGAAAGAACCGGAGAUCAUGGAACCCUCAUUUCCAUUGUUGUCUCCUAAUAACUGUGGACACUGGUACAUUCGUUACGGAUUCUGCAUCGUAUGCAAAUCAACGGUGGACAAAACUAUCGAAGGCCGAGUAUUCGACGGUUUACAUCUAAGCAGCGAGGCUUUAGCGUUAACGAAGCGUCUCAUAACGAAAUUCUCUUGUCUCAACAUGAAGAAGCUUCACCUUGUCCUUGACUUGGACCUUACGCUUAUCCACUCCGUUAGGGUUCCAUGUCUCUCCGAAGCAGAGAAGUAUCUAAUCGAAGAAGCUGGUUCAACAACAAGGGAAGAUCUAUGGAAAAUGAAAGUCAGAGGAGAUCCCAUAUCCAUAACCAUAGAACACUUGGUAAAACUACGGCCAUUUCUUUGCGAAUUCUUGAAAGAAGCCAACGAGAUGUUCACAAUGUAUGUUUACACAAAGGGUACUCGCCCUUACGCUGAAGCCAUUUUGAAGCUGAUUGAUCCGAAGAAACUCUAUUUUGGACAUAGAGUGAUAACAAGAAAUGAGAGUCCUCAUACGAAGACACUUGAUAUGGUUUUGGCUGAUGAACGUGGAGUGGUGAUUGUGGAUGAUACACGUAAAGCUUGGCCUAAUAACAAGAGUAACCUAGUGUUGAUUGGCAGGUACAACUAUUUCAGAUCCCAAAGCCGGGUGUUAAAGCCUCACUCUGAGGAAAAAACAGACGAGAGUGAGAACAACGGUGGAUUGGCCAAUGUUUUGAAAUUACUCAAGGGAAUUCACCAUAAAUUCUUCAAGGUUGAGGAAGAGGUUGAGUCACAGGACGUUAGACUAACCAUGUCUGUAGUUGAGAAUUUUUCUUCGGAACCAAAAGCCAAAAGACGAAAGAUCGAACCAACGAUCAACGAGUCCUCUUCAUCGUUAUCCUCUUCUAGUAGUUGUGGUCACUGGUACAUCUGUCACGGAAUCUGCAUCGGCUGCAAAUCGACUGUGAAAAAAAGCCAAGGCCGAGCAUUCGAUUAUAUUUUCGACGGUUUACAACUAAGCCACGAAGCUGUGGCGUUAACCAAGUGCUUUACAACGAAAUUAUCUUGUCUCAACGAGAAGAAGCUUCACCUUGUACUUGACUUGGACCACACGCUUCUCCAUACUGUUAUGGUUCCAAGUCUCUCCCAAGCAGAGAAGUAUCUAAUCGAAGAAGCGGGUUCAGCAACAAGGGAUGAUUUAUGGAAGAUCAAAGCCGUAGGAGAUCCCAUGGAAUUUUUGACAAAGCUACGACCUUUUCUUCGCGACUUCUUGAAAGAAGCCAACGAGUUUUUCACCAUGUAUGUUUACACUAAGGGUAGUCGUGUAUACGCUAAACAAGUCUUGGAGCUGAUUGAUCCAAAGAAACUUUAUUUUGGAGAUAGAGUGAUAACAAAAACCGAGAGUCCUCAUAUGAAGACACUUGAUUUCGUUUUGGCUGAGGAGCGUGGGGUGGUGAUUGUGGAUGAUACGCGUAACGUUUGGCCUGAUCACAAGAGUAACCUAGUGGAUAUAAGCAAGUACAGCUAUUUCAGACUCAAAGGCCAAGACUCAAUGCCUUACUCUGAGGAGAAGACAGACGAGAGUGAAAGCGAAGGUGGAUUGGCGAAUGUUUUGAAACUACUCAAGGAAGUUCACCAAAGAUUCUUCAGAGUCGAGGAAGAAUUGGAGUCGAAGGACGUUAGGUCGCUGCUUCAAGAAAUAGACUUUGAACUCAACGUAGAAUCUGUAGAAUGA